AUGGCUAGGAUAGAGAGGAAGCUGAAAAAGGCUAGGAGACAAGAAAGUGAUAGCGAGGAGGAGGACAACAGAGAAUUAGAUGACGAUUUUGAUGAAGAUGAAGACAACGAGGGACCCAACGGCAAGAAGAGAAGGAAUGUCUUUGUUGACGAUGCAGCUGAGGACGAUGACAAUGAGGAGGAGGAGGAUGAAGAGGAGGGCGUCGGAGAAGGAGACAGACGUGGCAAGAAGCGGCUGAAGCGGUCCAGGUUCGUGGAUGAUAUAGCGGCUGUAGAUGAAGACGAGGAUGACGAAGAAGAUGACCAGGAUGAAGGCGACGAUCAAUUCCUGCUGGAUGAGGGGGAGGAGCUGCCAGAAGUGGAGGAUGUGGGCAGGAGAUAUGAUGACCGCGCAGCCACCAUACGGCGGCAGGAUGAGGAAUUGGAUGCUGAGCAGCUGGAGGCGUAUGUCCAGCAGCGCUUUGGCAACCAGCGAGAUGUGGCGCAGGACUUUGGGGACAACCUGGAAACAGGCGCGGUGCAGCAGCAGGCGCUGCUGCCGACGCAUGCGGACCCCAAGCUGUGGACGGUGGAGACUCGGGGCGGUUCAGCGCGCGAAGCAUGCAUCAAGCUCAUGCAGAAGGCCAUCAACAAGACCGAGGCCGGAGAGCCGCUGCUCAUCCGCUCUGUGUUCUACCAGGAACACCUCAAGGGCUACAUCUAUGUGGAGGCGCACAAGGAGAGCCAUGUGAAGGAGGCCAUCCGGGGGCUGACCUGCCUGCUGUAUGGCAAGGGGGCAACCCUGGUGCCCAUGAAGGAGAUGGUGGAUGCCAUCACUGUCAAAUCUGUCGCCAAGGGCAGCAAUAUAGAGGAGGGCGCCUGGGUGCGCGUCAAGAUUGGGCCCUACAGCGGGGACCUGGGCAAGGUGGUCAGCGUGGACUAUAACUCUGACUCAGCACGAGUCAAGGUCAUUCCUAGGCUAGACUAUGCUGCCCUGGUGCCAAAGGAGGAGCGCAGGGAACGAGGGGCGCCUACUGCUGGCAAGAAGCCGCGCGUUCCCGCCAGGGCGUUCUCUCCUGCAGACGCCAAGGAUCAGGGCCUGAUAGUGGAGCAGAGGAGGAAGCCGGGCGGAAGCGGGUACUACUACAUAUUACGUAAUCAGCACUACGAGGACGGCUACCUCAUCAAGCAGUACAAUCGCGCGCGCCUCGAGCUCAUCUCUGGGCUGCCCCCGCUGGAAGAGCUGCAGCGCUUCAACCAGGUGGGCAUGGCGUCGCGCACAGACGAGGACCCGGAGGGCGGCGAGCUGGCGCAGCUCAUGCGCAGCCUCGGAGACGGCGCAGAGGGCGGAGCCGCCGUGCGCUAUGAGAAGGGCGACAAGAUCGUGGUGACGGGAGGCGACCUGACUAAUCUGCGCGGCCGGGUGACUAACGUGCUGCCAGACGGGCGUGUGGAGAUCAUGCCCACGCAGCUGGGCCUCACGGAUGCGCUCACCUUCGAUGCCGGCCAGCUGCGCAAGUUCUUCGAGGCGGGGGACUAUGUGCGCGUGAACAGCGGGCAGCACGAGGGGCAGACGGGGAUGAUUGUGAGCGUGGAGGAGCCCAUCUGCGUGCUCAUGACCGACUCCACUCGCGAGCAGCUGCAGGUCUUCACCCGCGACCUCGCCGAGUCCUCCAACGUCGCCUCCGGCGUCGACACGCUCGGUGCGUAUGAGCUGCAUGAUCUGGUGGUGAUUGACUCGUCCACUGUGGGCGUCAUCAUUUCUGUCGCCAAGGACUCCUGCAAAGUGCUCACCAACAAGGGGUCUGUGGAUCAGCCGAUGGUGAAGGUGUGCAAGGUCGAGGAGAUAAAAAACAAGAUGACCAGGGAUGGCGUCGCCACGGACGCACUGCACAGGGAGAUAUUGAGGGAUGCCACAGUGGACAUCAUGGAUGGCCGCCUGAAGGGCCGCUCCGGCACAGUCAAGCACAUCUUCAAGAAAGCCGUCUUCCUGCAUCUCAAUGACUUGCUGGAGAACGGCGGCUUUGUGUGCUUGAUGUCGCACAAGGUCAGGACAAAGGGCGGCGGCAAGGGGCCGUCCGGGGUGUCGGCUGGCGUUAAGAGUGGCCUCGCCAAUGCGCUGCGCUCACCCAACCCCUAUGCCAGCGGGAUGGUCCCGGCCUCGCCGCGCAUCGGGGGCGCGUUCGGGGCACCGCCGCCCCCGCGCUUCGGUGGCGGUGGCGGCGGUCCCCCCGGCGGUGGCUUUGGCGCCAGCCGCGGCGGUUACGGCGGCGGCGGUCGCGGCCGGGGCGGCCCGGACGACCAAAUGAUUGGGAAGGUCACCACCAUUGCCAAGGGGCCCUUCAGGGGCUACCGCGGGCGCAUCACAAAGGUGACGCCGACGGAGGUUCGCGUGGAGCUGGAGGCCCAGCAGCGAGUCGUGGGCGUCUCUCGCGACGCGAUCCCUCCUGAGCACGGCGGCGCGCCUCUGCCGCGCGAGCCGCCGCGCUUCAGUGCUGCUCCAAACACUCCCGCGCACCUGGGCAUGCACACCACGCCACAUCGCUACGGCUCCCAGACUCCCAUGCAUCCGAGCAUGACGCCGAUGCACCCGAGCAUGACCCCUUCGCACCCUGGUUUAGCGACCCCUGGGAGAGAUGCCUGGAACCCUAACCUUCAAACCCCUCGCCACCCCUCCAGCGACCCUGGACCCUCCACGGCAACCCCUGGGACCAUGCCCUACGGGCAUUACAACGCUGGCACCCCCGCAUUCACCCCGGCCUUCACGCCCGCAGAGGCCCCCGCGCCCACCCCCGCCGGCUUUGGGGACACGGGCAUGACACAGGGGUAUUCGAAUGGAGGCUGGACCCCCGCGCUGCCGACAGGAGGGCCCCCCACUGUGGGUGGGGUUGGGGGACCGACCCCUGGUUACUACCCCACCCCUGCAGCCACCCCUGGCGUCGGCACACCCGCCUACGACCCAGACUCUGGCCAGACCAUGGGCGCCAGUGCGGGUCCGGGCUGGGAGCACUACGACGGGAUUGCCGUGCAGCUGGCGGACAGCGGCCGCGUCGGCGUCGUGAGGCGUAUCUCCGCCGACGGUGCCGCGGCCGUCGCGCUCGGCAGCGAGGACGCCGAAGGACGGCUGCAGCUGCCGGAAGCUGCUGAGGUCGUUCAGACGGUGGGCUCCAACCUGCAGCUGCUGCCGACCAAGAAGAAGGACAUGAUCCGCGUGAUGGUGGGAGACUUCAGGGGGCAGAUCGGCCUGGUGCUCAAUAUGGCGGACGCUGACGCGAUUGUGAAACUGGGAGAAGGAGACAUGAAGGUCUUGAACAAGGGCAUGAUCGGCCUGCUCUAUGGGCGCAUCCCCGAGCCCGGACAAUUUUGA